CUCCCCCACCACCUAGAGCCGCCCUUCCCCUGCGACGUAGCUUCCAGCUCCCACACGCGCGCCUGGAGCUCGCUGAUGACGCCGUCCUUCUCGGCGACCAUGUGCCACAGCUGCCGCUGCUCGGCGCUAGCCGCGUGCGUCGCGUACGCCUGCUGCGUGCACGCUACUGCGGCUGCGGCUACGAUCGUGUGGUACCACCGCGGGACGGACCAUAACUCACUGGUGCGGCGCGAGACGAAGGUGAAGAGGCGGGUUGCUGGCAUUGUUUUUCGAGGGCAUGCACGUGUGUGUGUGUGUGUGUCUGUCUGAGUGUGUGUAUGUGUAUGUGUGUGUGUGCGCGAUGGAGAAGGGAACGGGGCGAAUAAACGUCUCCUCUCCCCUCGCCUUCGGUCGGUCGGUCGUCCCCGUCCGGUCUCUCCCUCCCUCCCUCCUG